AAGACUAUGUAUUAAAAUAAGCCCAACCCAUCUUUUUGUUCAAUCUUGCACUUUUCAGCUGGCAAAUCAGAGCUGUGUUUAUGUUUCAAAGACAACCAGACAUUUCAGUUUUCUUUAGCAGGCUGUGCUCAGUCUAGAGGAAAGAAAACAGAUUAAAAUUCCAAGAAACAGGAAUUCUUUAACACAUUGCAGUCAACAGAUUGAGAUGUCUUACAAGAAGAAUCAGUUAAAUGAAAACAGGCAGUCUAUUAUCCCAAAGCCUCGGAAAAAUAAUGCUCAGCUGAUGAGCUGCUUCUUGCUUCUUCUGUGUGCCUUCAUCCUGUACCUCACUGGACAAAAUCUUGACCUUGUUCUCCAGUGUCUUAUCAUUCAUUUCACAACGUUGCAAGUUGGAACACUUUUGCAGGGUAUCUGCAACUUCACAGAAGAGAUGCAGCAUGUGACAUCCAGAUAUAAUGGAAACUAUUUCAGGGCCCUCAGUGCAUGUCUGGACUUGCAACGGCAUGCUCUCCUCUUUCUGCUGUUGUGUGGGGCUGUCUAUCUGUGGCUUCUCAAGGAAAGUCAGCUGCCACCAUGUUUGAACCUGAGCCUUAUGUGCCUUUGCCAGCUUUUGACCAUCAUCUUUGGCUUUCGGCGGCCCUCGGCUGCAGAGAUUUCUCAAAUACACGAGCAAAGCAACUGCAAUGUAGCACAAGGACUUGCUUGGUCAUACUACAUUGGGUAUUUGAAGCUAGUUUUGCCACAUCUUAAAAAUUCAAUUAGAGAAUUCAACUCUAAUCAGUUAAAGACAAUUGGCGGUGAAUUCCUGAAAUGUGAGAAGACUUGGAAACUGCAUAUCCUGAUUCCCCUAAACUCUGAUGUGUAUGAUGACCUGCACAAAGCUGACAGCCGUAUUCAGUUCAUAAAUAACCUCCCGGAAAUGACAGUGGAUCGAGCUGGCAUUAAAAAAAGAAGCUUUAAAAAUAGUGUUUAUGGGGUACAGGGAGUAGACCAAAAGAUUAAGUAUUGUGUCCUAGAGUAUGCCACUCCUUUGCAAUCCCUUUAUGCCAUGUCCCAAGAUGAAAAUGCUGCCUUUAGCCGGCAAGAUCGUAUCGAGCAAGCCAAACUUUUCUGCAGAGCACUGGAAGAAAUCCUGCAGAGAAGUAAAGACUGUUCUGGCUGCUACCGACUCAUUGUGUACGAUGAUUCAGAAGAAAGCGACAAGCAUUUUCUAUCCAAGACAAUUAUACAAGACAUACGACAGCAGGAGGAAUGCACUGUGUGUGAAACCAAACAAAACUGCCCCCAGCCCUCAACCUUUCUGUCUGGUGGGACUGAGCUCCUGAUCAGUGGUUCAGAUCAGCCACUGCCUUUGCAUAGUGGUGGCUACUGAGAUAAGUGAGGUCUUUUUGCACUCCUCUCAUAUCCCCUUGUAACUUUUUCAGCAAUUUGUACUAUUUUUCAUAAGAAAAUCUCAUUCAGCAAAAUUAUCUC